AAGAAGAGCAGCAGCCAUAACCGGAGCCAGCACAGACCAGAUUUAUCCCGUUAAAAUCAUGUAUCGAGGGAGUCAGACUGUGAGUACAUGUGUGGAAAAGCCCACUGUAACUGCUGAGGAUAUUGGAGCAGACCGUGAAAUGAUGGAUGAUAUCUUUGACACUACGUAUCGCGAAAAGACAGGUCCCAAACCUCCCAUGCAAAUAGUAUGGAGAAAUGUCAUACUAAUGACUUUACUACAUCUGUCGGCACUACAUGGGGUCUUCCUUAUACCAUCAGCAAAGCCUCUUACCUUGGUUUGGGCCACAUUGUGCUUCAUGGCGAGUGCUCUUGGAGUGACAGCUGGUGCCCACCGCCUCUGGAGUCACCGAUCCUAUAAAGCCAAGCUGCCCCUGAAGAUACUUCUGGCAGUUGCAAAUACUAUGGCAUUUCAGGUAAACAUUUUAUACAUUCGCUGUAGGGAAAAUUGGAAAAAUGAAGCAAUCACCACAGCAGGAUAAAAUUACAAUACAGGACGAGGCUUCUUCUUCUCACAUAUUGGAUGGCUUCUUGUGCGAAAACACCCAGAUGUGAUAGAAAAGGGUAAAAAGCUUGAUUUAGGCGAUCUUCAAGCAGACAAAGUGGUGAUGUUUCAGAGAAGGCAUUACAAGAAACUCAUUCUGCUGAUGUGCUUUAUCGUUCCCACUGUGGUUCCUUGGUAUUUCUGGGGUGAAUCUCUGUACAAUGCAAUAUACGUACCCUGUCUCUUACGCUAUGCUUUGGUGCUUAAUGCAACAUGGCUUGUGAACAGUGCAGCUCAUAUGUUUGGAAACCGGCCAUAUGACAAGAACAUCAACCCAAGGGAGAAUAAAUUUGUUGCUAUAGGAGCAAUUGGUGAAGGCUUCCAUAAUUAUCAUCACACAUUCCCUUAUGACUAUUCUAGCAGUGAGUUUGGAAUCCGAUACAAUCUCACUACAUGCUUUAUAGAUCUAAUGUGCUCCUUGGGCCUUGCCAGCGACUGCAAGAAAGUCUCCAUAGACACUAUCAAAGCUCGACGGCUGCGUACUGGAGAUGGAAGCCAUAGGAGUGGCUGAAUACUGGGAAAAGAAUGACCGUUCUCAAUAUGUUUUAACACACAAAAACAAA